AUGAAGUUGUUGUCAGUGUGUGCACCUACCGGAGCUUAUGGCAAUGAUGAUGUAGAGGAACUCUAUGAUGCUCUCGAGAAUGCAAUGAACAGCCCUUCGAAAGGAACGUAUGUUGCGUGCGCUCACGAUUAUAAUGCUCACCUUGGCCGAGGAGAAUCUGGAGAGAAUCAUGUCGGGCCACACGGAAUUCCAGGACGCAGCAAUCGGAGAGAAACACUGGCUCAGUUCUGUGAAUGA